AUGCUAAUACCACCCUCGAUGACGAUAAUUGCAACCACAAUAUGUAAACGAACUAUAUCAACAAAAGCUUCCUUAAUCGCACCAAGUAUAAGAUCAACAAUGAAAUCAUCUCCUCCACCAAUUAAUCAUUCACCGAUUCAAGCCUUCUCACGUAAAUGGUUACCCAAGGAUUGUGGUCUUAUAGGUCAAAAAAUUGGUAUGGCUCCCUUUUUCGAUCCAGAAACUGGGGAUCGAAUAGCCGCAACCAUAUUAGAAAUCAAUAACGUGGAAGUUAUCAUGCAUAGAACAUUGGAAUCAAACGGUUAUUGGGCAAAUCAAGUCGGGUACGGUACGAAAAAUUAUUUGAAUGAAACAAGACAGAUGUUAGGACAUUUUGCAUCAAAAUUGAUUAAUCCGAAAUUGAAAAUUGCUGAAUUUAGAGUAAAAGAAUCCAGUGGAUUGUUACCCCUGGGGACACAUUUGAAACCAUCAUUUUUUAAAGUGGGACAAUUUGUCGAUUUGAAAUCUGUGAGCAAAGGGAAGGGUUUCGCUGGUGUUAUGAAGAAGUAUCAUUUCAAAGGUUUAAGAGCAAGUCAUGGUACUUCUGUUAUGCAUAGACAUGGUGGUUCUUAUGGUCAAAAUCAAGACCCUGGUCGUAUUUUGCCAGGAAAGAAAAUGCCCGGUAGAAUGGGAGGGAAACAAGUUACGGUUCAAAAUGCUCAAAUAUUGAAAGUGGACGAUGCAAAUAAUGUUAUUUGGGUUAAGGGUUCCAUUCCGGGCCCAAAGGACACCUUCGUUAAGAUUCAAGAAGCUAUCAAAAAGAUGGAUAAAAACUGA